AUGGCAACGCUGGUAAAAAUUCAUGAAACUGUUGCAUCUCCUGACCCAAAGCAAGUAUAUAAGAACCUCCCAUUUUUUCAACAAACCACAAGCAUAUCCUCCAAGUCUGAAAAAUCAGUGGCAAAAGGUUUCAAUAGUUUCCUAAUCCCAAUAAAAGAAACACCAUCAAAGGAACUUCUCAUGCUGUUGAUUGUUGUAGUAUUAGCAUCUUUGGUCCCACGAGGACUUUCGCAAUUGGAACCAAAUCCAGGUCCGUCACUUGAAAAUGGUACACAGAGGCAGCAAUGUUGGAAACCUAUUUUCAGCUCGAUAUGGUGGAAGUGGGAAGUGGAAACGAUACUUCUUAGUCAUGACCUCCGCAGGGUAGACCUUGCCUUUUGCAAUGUCACCAAGGAUAUCAGUCGUAAUUGUUGGCUUGAGAUGUUCCCCUCCAUGCCUGGCGCCCUAGUGGACAUCAAAUAUUAUUGUGGUAAGAAAUGUUGGUCGCCUAUAACAAGAAUUGAAGGAUGCUAUGUUAAGGUUAUGAAGUCAGCUUUUAAUCAUGGGCAAGUUAGUGAAAUUGGCAAUGCUUGUUGCCAUGCCAUCUUAGCAAUCCAAGACAACUGCUGGCCUCAGAUGUUCCCGUUGCCCCCGUCCUUCCCAUCUCGACUAAAGAGCUUUUGUGCUACAUCUGCAUCUGCACCUGCCCUCUCUUAG